AUGGCAUCUGGUGAAUCCUUCUUCGUCACUACUGCCCACUUUCUCUCUCCUCUUCUUUUCAUUCUCUCUCUCUCUUUCCUCCUCACUGUAGCUGAAGCCAAUAACAAAAACACUACAGUCUCCCUGUUUUUCACCCUGACCUCUGCCCCACUAACCUCCCAAUCCACCUCCUUCCUCUCCUCCCUCGCCGCCUCUCCCCUCCGCCGCACCUCCUCCGACACUCCGCCGUUGGGAUACAGCUCCAAGACCCCUUUCCGCUACUCAAUGGCCCUCAUCGUCACCCUCCUCAUCGGCACCCCUCCCCAGCCCCAGCGCAUGGUCAUCGACACCGGCAGCCAGCUCUCCUGGAUCCUCUGCCACCGCAAGAAAACCCGAGACCCUCCCCCCGCCGCCGCCUCCUUCGACCCCUCCCUCUCCACCUCCUUCUCAAUGCGGGAGGAGGUCGUGAGGCGGACGGGCGGCGGCAAGCUGAUGAAGAAGGAUUUCGUGUACGCGGAGGCGUUCGACAUGUGCUUCGACGCUGCGAAGGCGGCCGCGGCCGCGCGGCUGAUCGGCGACGUGGCGCUCGUGUUCUCAGGUGGGGUGGAGAUAACGGUCCCGAAGGAGAGGAUCAUGGAUGACGUGGGGAGUGGGGUCCACUGCAUCGCCGUGGGUCGGUCGGAGUUUCUAGGAGUCCCCGGCAACAUCAUCGGAAACUUCUACCAGCAAAAUCUUUGGGUGGAGUUCGAUUUGGUCAACAGACGAGUGGGGUUUGGACCGGCCGAUUGCAGUCGAUCGGUCUAA